UGCAUAAUGCGUAGGUAAAGGAAAUGGAAACCACAAGUAAAAGAAUGAAGAGCACACAGAGUGACAGAAAUAAGUGUAGUUGUGUGAUUUAGAUGGUGACUGUGAGGAUUAGACUGCAUUCAUUUUAUAUUUUGAAACCAUUUUUUGUCACACCUGGCUUGUGUUUAAGAUGGAUUGGCUAUACCUGAGGAAGACAGCUUUGUUCCUGGACGUGUUUGUGGUUUUCAUCCUCCAUGUGAACACUGACACACAAGGUCAUGCCCCCAAAUGUCCUGUCUUUAAAGUUCUGCGAGGGGAUGUUCAUAAAGUCUGUACAAACAAGCCUUUCAAGAUCUCCUGCAAUCUGAAGUAUUGUCAUGGUCAGAAAAACAAUAUUACAUGGGCUAAAGAAAACUUGAAAGGAUGGAUUCCAGUGUCUGGAGGUGAAAUGUCAUCAUCACAGACCUAUUCAGCAUCUGAUCUGUUGACUUCAUAUUUAACUUUCACAAAUAUAUCAAAGAAUCAUGACGGCCUCUACAGAUGUGAACUGCAGUUACCAAACUCGUCAGCAGUUAGCCAUUAUAUUAAUAUUUCUGUCUCAGUUUCUUCCACAGAUGACAGCCUGGGAGAUGAGAUGUCUUGCACUGGAAGAGACAACAAUGAGACAGACAACAAUGAUACCAGCUUUAAUUCAAACCCAUGGUGGCUGCCGUAUCUCUUUAUCUGUAUGGGUGUAGUGAUUCCUAUUCUCAUAUUAAUGCUCAUCUUUAUCCUGUGUAUUAAUGGAUGUACGUAAGUCGUUUUGUCAUUUUCAUAAUUUUGAGAUAUUUAAGGUUUGGCAUGAUCCUCACUUUGUCCCUUUACUGAUCACUGUCAGCUUUGAGAAGAAGGAAAACACAGAAAGCGCAGGUUCAGUAUACAGCAACAUCUGUCUUAUCGUCACCGAGCCCCAGAGUCCUGAAGCAUGAUAAAGUUGUCUGUGUCCAGUACUCAGAAGAAAGACAUCAGCGCUCUCGGGACACCAACACAUGCAGUUUAGCAUCACCACCUGCACAGUCUACUUCACAUCUGUCAGAUUGUGGGGGUGAUGAUAGUUUGUCCAACAGGAGAGAUAACAGUUCAAGCCAGGUUGUAUAUGCAUCUCUGCAUCACCUCACACCAACACCAUCAUCUACUGCACCCCGUCCGACAAGAGAGGACUUUUCAGAGUAUGCAUCAAUCCGGGUCUCCUGAUGUCACCUCUGUGGGUUAUACAUAACCAGACAAAGUUAAGCAGCAUUUUUAAGUCUCCAAAAUGAAAUAGUUCAUUCAUAGAGUCAGUUUUGUGACGCUGUACAGUACUGUGUGGCUAACAGGAAGAAGGAGAUGUAUGUUUUCACACCACACAGUACAAGUCAUCACAUGUCGUUACUUUCAUCGUUACAUCACGGAAAAUUGUUCAAUGUGGUUUCUGAGUGAAACUCACACCACUAAUCAUAGGUGUCUGGUGCAACACAUCCAUAUCCUGUCUUCAAUACUUGUUAGUCUACAUUUUAUGCACUAAAAUGAAAAAGUUAAUUCAGUAACAGUUUGUUACAUAAUAAAUCUCUGUUGUUGAGAA